UCUGGUCGAGCCAUCAUGAGAAAUAUGAAACAUUUUACGCACGCGCAUCCAUAGCACGUCCACACACCAGGCAGCGGGAGGUGAGUCGGGCUGUGUCCAGGUGGUGCAGGCAGACCAUCUAUGGGAGGAAGGAUGUCUCAGCAGCUGAAACCUGGUCCCGACUGAGUCUGAACGCUCCUUGGCGGCAACAACACCAGGCUCCAGAGCAUCGGGGCUGGAAAACAGGAGAAAAAAAUCGGCGUUCAGCUUUGCACUACAAUGUCAGGCUCCCCUGCAGGAGGCACACAAAGGUUAUGCUGCCCAAAAGCUAUCUGAGUCCGAGUGAGAAAGAGAAGGGCUGAAGCCACACCGUUCACUAAACCUGUUAGCUAUCCAGACAGCCACAGCACCAGCACCCAUUCCACAGAGGAGAGGAGCCAUGAGCAACCCCAAUGAACCCAGCAAUGUCACAGAUGCCUUGGCAUCAGUCAUCCACAUUGGUGUUGCGAUUCAGAGCCCCACAGUGUCGCCGUAGAUGAGGGCAUUGCCACUUGCCUCAAACACCACUCCUGACUCCCAACACUCAUACCGCAAGUCAUCCCAUUGAAACAUGAGUCUGCCGGAGGCGCCAUCAGCCUCGUCCAUGCGAGGAGCAGUUGAGGAGGAUGAAGGGGACUUGAACAAAUCUCUGGGGGUCCAACGCUUUCAGCAGAUCCUCAGCUCUGCCCCCAGGGUCCCCGACGAGCAGCACCGCACCUACAACGAGGAGGACUUUGAUUACCACCGUCACUCCUCGCACCACAUCCACCACCCCCUGUCCAAGCUGCCCUCCGAUGGGAGGAGGAAGAAGAGCGGCAAGAAGAAAAAGAAGGAAAGAGAGCGCAAGGACAGUUCCGGCCCAACCAGCAACACCGCCAUUGAGGAAGGAGAGGAUGAGGAAGAUGAUGAGGAAGAGGGUGGAGAGAGCCACACCCAUCUCUCUGAGACAGAUUGUGACACCGUCAAAGAAGACGUACAUUUCUUUCUGUCAGAUGAAGAUCGCCUGGCCACACCUACCACAGACAGCCCCCACCCUGCCCGAGGGAUGGAGGUUGUGCCUCAGUCUGCUGUGGGCACCGAACCUGAAGAUGCCGCCUCCACCGAAAAGCCCUGUCCGACCUUGUCCAGCAGUGACCCAUCCGACCCCGCCUCCCUGACCCGCAUAGCCAGCCGCAGCUACGACCUGCAGGAGCGCCGGCGUACGGGCAACAUGACUGGCGCCGAGCAGGCCAAGUACCAUCGCAUCCCCACAGAUGAGAGUGAGGCGCAGACUCUGGCCUCGGCCGACUUGGAUGGCAUUAAGAGUCAUCGUUUUGAGGAUGUCCCUGGGGUACGGAGACACCUGGUCAGAAAGAGCACCAAGGGCCAAGUGGUGCAUGUUGGCAAGGACCACCAGGAGACCAGCAUACGCAGCCAAAAAAAGGACCGGACCCCACAUGAGGUGUUUGUGGAGCUGAACGAGCUGAUCAUGGAUAAGAACCAGGAAAUGCAGUGGCGGGAGACAGCGCGUUGGAUCAAGUUUGAGGAGGACGUGGAGGAGGAGACUGAUCGCUGGGGCAAACCCCACGUGGCCUCGCUCUCCUUCCGCAGCCUGCUGGAGCUCCGCAAGACCAUCUCCCACGGGGCAGUGUUGUUGGACCUGGACCAGAAGACUCUGCCUGGCAUCGCCCACCAGGUGGUGGAGCAGAUGAUCAUCUCAGACCAGAUCAAGGCUGAGGACCGCGCCAACGUGCUCCGAGCCCUGCUUCUCAAACACAGUCACCCAAGCGACGAGAAGGAGCACAGCCACAACCCCUUCCCCAGGAACAUCUCUGCGGCCAGCCUGGGCAGCAUGCUGCCUCACCACCACAGCACCAACCACAUCCACCAGCCAGAGCCCUCCGUCACAGAGCCCCUCAUGGGCUCGGCCAGCUUGGCGGAGCAGGAGACGCGCGUCGAUGUGGAGAAGAACGAAGUGCAGAAGGAGUCGACUCCAAAUAUUGGCAUGCACAGGUCCAAGUCCAAGCAUGAGCUCAAGCUGCUGGAGAAGAUUCCAGAGAACGCUGAGGCCACUGUUGUCCUUGUGGGCAGUGUGGACUUCCUGGAGCAGCCCACCAUGGCGUUUGUCCGGCUGCAGGAGGCGCAGGAGCUGGACUCUGUACUGGAGGUCCCCGUGCCCGUCAGGUUCAUCUUCGUCCUGCUGGGACCCUCCAGCACCAACAUGGACUACCACCAGAUCGGACGCUCCAUCUCCACACUCAUGUCUGACAAGCACUUCCAUGAGUCGGCCUACCUGGCCGACGACCGUCAGGACCUGCUCAACGCCAUCAAUGGCUUCCUGGACUGCAGCAUCGUGCUGCCCCCCUCGGAGAUGGGUGGCGAGGAGCUGCUCCACUCAGUCUCUCGCUUCCAGAAGGAGAUGCUCCGCAAGAGGGAGGAGCAAGGAGCCCUGCUGGCCAAGGAGCCCAAAAGCAAGGAGGAGAAAGAGUCCCUUCUAUCGCCCGGGAAGCCGGGAGACGACCCCCUGCAGCGUACGGGACGCCCCUUCGGCGGCCUGAUCCGGGACGUGAAGCGCCGCUACCCAAAGUACGCAAGCGACUUCAAGGACGCGCUGAACGCCCAGUGCGCGGCGGCCGUCAUCUUCAUUUACUUCGCCGCCCUCUCCCCAGCUAUCACCUUCGGAGGCCUCCUGGGUGAGAAGACUGAGGGUCUGAUCGGUGUGUCUGAGCUGAUCGUGGCCACGGCGCUGCAGGGCAUUCUCUUCUGCCUCCUGGGGGCCCAGCCGCUCCUGGUGGUGGGCUUCUCUGGACCCCUACUCGUCUUUGAAGAGGCCUUCUACUCUUUCUGUAAGGGGAACGGGGUGGAAUACCUGACGGGCCGGGUGUGGAUCGGCUUCUGGCUUAUCAUCAUCGUGGUGAUGAUGGUGGCCUUGGAGGGCAGUUUCCUGGUUCGCUUUGUUUCGCGCUUCACCCAGGAGAUAUUCUCCUGCCUCAUCUCACUCAUCUUCAUCUUCGAGACCUUCUCCAAGAUAGUCAAGAUUUUCGUGGAGCACCCGCUGCAGCGCUGUUCCUCUGGCAACAGCACGGCGGAGAACUCCACAAUGGAGAAUAGCCCCCUAGAGCUCUUGCUUGGCAACGGCACCAUUUCGGUGGUGCCGGUGAAGGUCUGGAGGGAACCCAACACAGCACUGCUCUCCCUGGUGCUCAUGUCUGGAACCUUCUUCAUUGCAUUCUACCUGCGCAAGUUCAAAAACAGUGCCUUCUUCCCUGGCAAGCUGCGUAGGAUCAUUGGAGAUUUCGGGGUCCCCAUAGCCAUCCUCAUCAUGGUCCUAGUGGACUACAGUAUACGUGACACUUACACACAGAAACUGAGCGUGCCCAGUGGCUUCUCUGUGACCAGUCCUGAGAAGCGUGGCUGGGUGAUCAACCCCCUGGGCAUGGACACCCCGUUCCCCAUCUGGAUGAUGUUCGGCAGCAUGCUGCCCGCCCUGCUAGUCUUCAUCCUCAUCUUCAUGGAGACACAGAUCACCACGCUGAUAGUGAGUAAGAAGGAGCGGAUGCUGGUGAAGGGUUCUGGCUUCCACCUGGACCUGCUGGUGAUUGUGGUGUUAGGGGGCACCUCGGCCCUGUUCGGCCUGCCCUGGAUGGCAGCCGCCACCGUGCGCUCUGUCACGCACGCCAACGCCCUCACCGUCAUGAGCAAGGCGGUCGCCCCAGGUGACAAGCCCCGCAUCCAGGAGGUCAAGGAGCAGCGGGUCACAGGGUUGCUGGUGGCCAUCUUAGUAGGCCUUUCCAUCGUGAUCGGAGACCUCUUGCGUCAGAUCCCCAUCGCUGUGCUGUUUGGCAUCUUCCUCUACAUGGGCGUGAUGUCACUCAACGGCAUCCAGUUCACCGAGCGCCUGAUGCUACUGCUGAUGCCCCCCAAGUACCACCCAGACCACACCUACGUCCGCAAGGUGAAAACGCUGCGGAUGCACCUGUACACGCUGAUCCAGCUGGUGUGUCUGGCGUCGCUGUGGGCCGUCAUGUCCACCGUGGCUUCGCUGGCCUUCCCCUUUGUCCUCAUCCUCACCGUGCCCGUUAAGAUGUUUCUGCUGUCACGUAUCUUCACCACCCGAGAGAUGCAGUGUCUGGAUUCUGAUGACGCAGAGCCCAUCUUUGAUGAGAGAGAGGUCCAUGACGAGUACUCAGAGAUGCACAUGCCUGUGUGACCCACACCAUCAUAUGCCUUACCUAUCGCUAGAUUCAUCCCUCAGUGGCCAAAACAACCUGCCAAUCAAUCUACAAGCCAAUGAGAAGCCUGUCCAAGGGAAAACCCUAUAUACCCAAUUGACAGACCAUCAUUGAGCUCUGUCGGUCCUGGCUUCCAUUGGUUUAACCACACCUGACCGAAGGGCAAAGAUGUCGUAUGCAGGCCUGGUUCCCUUUCAAUCUCAUUCACUUGGACCGAGUUCAAUUGGAUGCCAUGAAUGAUUCAACGUUUUCAUGACAACAUACAAGCGGUCUCAUGAUGACACACAGCAGCAAAUGGAGACCCAUUAUAGGGGGCACAGGAAGGGGUUAGGGGUCGGAGCACUUUGUGGCGUUAGGGAUGAAUACCGACUGAAAGGUCCAACCAGUUCAGUAUAUUUAUUUUAUUCAUCAUCCAUGUUUUUAUGUAUUGCUACAUAUUUUUUUAAAUAUCAGUGGAGGAUAGGUUCAAAUUCAAUUGUGUUAUAUAGAUUUCUAAUUUCAAGGUAUAUAUAUAUAUAUAUAUAUGUGUGUAAGUAAGUUGUUUAAUACACAAUGAUACAUUUUUCAACCCUGAAAGGGUGCGCUGAUUCACAUUGAAUGUGUGGAUGAUUACAUAUGGGAUACAUUCCUUGAGUCAAUAUAUAUUUUAAAAUAUUGCUAUUUUAUUUGAUUUUGUUCUCUUUUUAUGUUUAGCUCUUUUAGCUCACUAAGCGCCUUAUGAAGAUGACGAUAACUGUACUGAGGAACGUUGUAGAUGUUGCCUUAUUUGUUUUAAACGGCUGUAAUUUCAACAGUCACUUUUAAGCUCAGCACUUUUUAAGAUACCAAAUUUGGAAAUUUGUUUUUGUGUAAUAUUAGUGUUUUAUAUUUGACUUUAGGUGUCUUCUUAGUCUAUCAAAUACUAAGCUGUGUAAAAUCAAUACAGAGAUGCCUUACAUUUUUAUCUCCAUACCAUUCCAUUAGCUAGUACGGAAGGAGUCUGAUUUUUAUGUUUCCAAACAAUUACAAAGGGGACACAACCUGCUCCAAUGUCCGACUGAUAUCAAGCUAAUAAGGUAGUGGAGUCGAGUGAUUUUACCAGUAGUCAUUACAACACAGUACUUAACAGGUCAGCAGUCACAGCGGUCUUGUGGAGGCUUGAUGAGAUGUGGGAAUCUGUCUGUGAUUGUGUCGUUUUUUCUGACAGGGAAACGAUAUGCAAAAUGCAUGUUUUUUUUGAAAGUUCUUAUAAUCAUUUGUUUUCAUCCAGUCAUCAUCUGUGCUUUAUUGGCCGCUGUGGUGGCUCAAGCUUAGCGGCGGAGAGGAACCAAAUGUAACCAAAGUACACAUGGUAGUACCAAAUGCUUUUAAUGUACUGUACUGAACGUAAAUGUAACUCUCCCCAAACAUUUAUGUAAAUUGACUGGAACUAUUUGUCUGUAUAUGUAGUACUUUCACAUGUAUUUGAGGUACUGAAGUGGGAUCCCAUCUCUCAAGUGCUACACAUUCUUACACAUUUCUGAAGUACUGUCUACACGAAAUAGUUAUACAGGUAAAUGCCAAAAUAAUGAAAGCACCUGAGUGAAUGAGGAAUACAAAUUAUAUUGAAAGCAGGUGCUUCCAUGUGUGGUUCCAGAGUUAAUUAAGCCGUUAACAAACCAUGCUUAGCGUCAUGAAUAAAAAUCCUGGGUGAGCUUUUAUUUUGGCCACCAUGGCUUUGCCCGCAUAAGAUGACAAUGCCCCAUCCACAGUGCACAAGUGGUCACUAAAUUGUUUGAGGAGCAUGAAAACGAUGUAAACCUUAAGCCAUGGCCAUCUCAGUCAUGCUUAUGGGAGAUUCUGGAGCAGCUCCUGAGACAUUGUUUUCUUCUACAAUCAACAAAACACAAAAUAAUGGAAUUUCUCAUGGAAGAAUGGUGUCACAUCCCUCAGAGUUCCAGACAGAAUCUAUGUCACGGUGCAUUGAAGCUGUUCUGGCUCGUGGUGACCCAAUGCCCUAUUAAGACACUUUAUGUUGGUGUUUCCUUUGUGUUCACAAUGAGGGUGAUAAUGCAGAUGCAGUAUAUGUCCUUGAGUUCUCACUGUCAACCUGUCGGCAUAAAGCUUGUCAAUUUUUGAGGAAA